GUCGUUGUCAAUGAUGGUCAAGCUCGUAUCAGCUUUACCUAAAAUCGAUAAAUGCGCCAUCAGGACAAGUUAAAACAGUGGCCGUCUGUUUUCGAGAACACCAUUACCCGUGCCACCGAAGCUCUAGAGUCUAUGAACCAGCAGCACAUGGUGAGCGACUUCCCUUUGCUUCCCAAUUUGGAUGAAGGAAAGCUUGUCAGUCUUGAACAGAGUCUCGCAGCUGGGGGCAUCUCCAUGGACAAUGUGGAAGAUAUUUUCCCCUGUGUGCCUCUUCAAUAACACAUGAUUC